UGACGCCAGCGUGGAUAGAACAGCCGCCAUGGUAACUGCUCUCCUCUGUUAUUGUUGUUGUCAAACUCCACCGUGAGGAAACGGGGAUCUGUUUAAUCACCCGAGAUUGAAGACAAAAACAGGAGAAUUAAGACACUCCGACGUGAAUAAUAUUAUCUUCUUCUGCCAGCUGCUGUUCCGCUUGCUGACGUUACGAGACAAAAUGGGGCGGAUCUUCUUGGAUCACAUUGGUGGGACUCGCCUCUUCUCCUGUGCCAACUGUGACACCAUUCUGACCAACCGAGCCGAACUCAUCUCCACGCGCUUCACUGGAGCCACCGGCCGAGCUUUCCUAUUCAACAAGGUCGUGAAUCUGCAGCACAGCGAGGUGCAAGACAGGGUCAUGCUGACAGGAAGACACAUGGUGCGGGACGUCAGCUGCAAGAACUGCAACAGCAAGCUAGGCUGGAUGUACGAGUUCGCCACCGAGGAAAGCCAGCGCUACAAGGAGGGCCGCGUCAUCCUGGAGAGGGCGCUGGUGAGGGAGAGCGAAGGCUUCGAGCACGUUCCCUCUGACAACUCCUGAGUUCGCUUCUGUUGCCACGCUACAAUGCUCAACCUUGUGCUCAAAAUACAGCUUUUCCUCCAGCAGCAGUGCAUGGACUUGCAUGGACAGUGUGCCAUUUGUGAGUAGAGCUACACCAAAAAUAAUAUCACAAGCUGGGUCUUUGUGGGAAGUUUUAAACAAGAAGUGAUGGACGUGUUUCCCAUAACUUUAAACAUCUAAGAAUAUCUUCUAUGAUGGGUGAUAAUACCAUUGUUUCUCUGCCCAUUUAACAUCACCCGCAGCUUCAAUGUGCGCCCAACAGGUUGUGAUGUUCGUACAGUGUUGGUGUGGUGGGAUUUUGGCUGCUGUCAGAGGGAGAGGAUUCGCUCCUGCUGCCCUUCAGGAAGCUCAGACAGAUGUAGAGGUCUGAAUACCCAUUAUAACAGCCCUGGGGUAUUCUGACUCUUAACAGGAGAUUUAGUCGCUAAGCAGUGUGUUGCACUACAUUCCUUUUUCCUGACGAGUGUUUAAUGUGACACUACGCCAGAAGUUCAAAGAAGCAUCAAGUUACUUGUCUUUAAUAAUAGUUGUAACAGAUUAUUCCCUAAAAAUAAAUAACAUUAUCAAAGUAAACAGAAUCUUAACCCUGAAAUGUUCAUGUUUAUCAUCUUGAUCACAUUCUUGGUGUUAUUAAUGCUGAAAGAGUUCAGAUAUCCCCUCUUUAUUUCAUGUUAUCAGAAAGAUGAUAAAGUUGAUCAGAACAGGUUUUUCAGUGAUGAUCUUGAUUCCAUGUACUGUUGAUUAAAGCCACUUAAUUAACAGUUUCACAAUUAUUCAAAUGUUUUAAUUGAAUUUAACAAACUAUUUGAAUGAAACUUAGAACAUUUGUUUUUUGUUGAAAAUAAAUACAUUCAAACAAUA